AUGUUCCUCCCUAUGCAUAUCCCAAUGUCCACAAGCAGCAGCUAUUCAGAGGCUGUAUCACCAUCUACCACCACUCCCCCGGUUCUUCGUCUUCCUACCGAGCUUAUCAACCGCAUAUUCCUGUUCAUCGCGGCACACUAUCGAGUCACCGACGAAUAUCUCCACGCCCCACCCUGCCUUUUCCUCACCCACAUCUGCAGACGAUGGAGGACGGUGGCGCUCGAUUGCCAAGAGCUCUGGUCUACGCGCCUCCCCAGAUCCAGUCCGCGAUGGACGGAUCUCUGCCUCUCCCGCGCCCCUACUAUCCCGUUGGAUGCCGCGAUCGAAUACGAGUUUAUGGACACUGAUGCCGCCUAUCAUCAGAACGCGUGGACAGUGCUGUCUCAAUGGUCGCGCAUCAGGAGUCUACGAGUGCACGCGUUGUAUCAAGCAACCUUCUUCGGCGUCGAAGCGAGCGCGGUGACGAUGCUCAAUAGCCUCCUGGAAGCACUCUCGGGGCGUAACACCGAACUCGAACAACUCGAGCUGUCAUACCAGACACAGAGCACUCCGCCCUCUUGGUUUGGGUUCGAAUUACCCCAGGUCUGCGCUGGGGAACAGCCGCCCAAACUUCGGGACCUCCAACUCACGAAUCUUGCUCUCCCGAGCGCAACUCCUUCGCUCUUGUUCACCGCCAGCCUCUGCAGUCUAAAGCUAUACGAAACCAAAGCAUGGACGGACGUGAAUGCCAUGAUACAGUGUCUACAAGCAACGCCCAUGCUACAAACUCUCGAAUACAUUUUCAGCGAAUACUACAACGAUAGACGCUGGGCUUUCGAUUUCCAACCGUCGCGCCAAUAUCACGAGCGCUGCGUGCAUCUGCCACAUCUCGAGCAUCUGAAGCUGGGCUGUUUCUGGAUACACACCAUCACGAUCUUCAAGUACAUCGCGGCGCCUUCGCGCUGUAACGUCGAUAUCUUCCAGGCCCAGAACUGGGCGAGCGUGAAGGGCCAGCUGAACGAUGACACUGUAACGACGCACGCCCAUGCGGCGCGCGAGGCGUUCACCCAGCACUUCGCGGCCGCUAUUGCACAAGAAGAAACAUUCGACUUCGUCCGCCCAUCUCGAUGCGCGAUAUCAGCCAAAUCCAUCUCCGGGCAUUCAAACUCAGAGACGAGGCUGCUCCCCUCCACAUUCGACUUGCGUCUGUCCGAUGCAGGCGCUUGGGAGACGGGCCUCAGUGUAGUCACCGCCAUGCUCGCCCAGUUACCAGUUUUCGCUGGGACUCAACAUAUAACGUUCAGCCGCAGACUCUACACUUCCAACCUCAGGGCCUUCGACGUCUUCACGAACGUCCGCAAGAUGACGUUCUACGAUCGUAACGAGCUCUGGGAGGUCGCGUCAAUACUGCGCAGCAAGGGCGACACCUUCCUACCCGUCUUGGAGGAUGUCGUUCUUGCGGAGGGGCAUUUCGUUGAAUCCGAUGCCAAUAGGAUGUAUGACUUUGCAAAGGCGUUGCGCGAUGCUUAUGUCAAGAGUGCAUGCAAGCCGAGACUCUGCGUUCCUGGGAAACAUAUCUCGCGGGAGAUCUUGGACGAGUUGCGGAGCCUGGUAGGGCCGCAGCGUUUGGUGAACUGA